UCGCGACGCUCUCGCCGUCAUUCUCGCGCGCAGACACCCAAGUCGCGGUACCUGUCGUCGGUCGUCAUCGGUGACUGACGGAAGACACCCUCGUAAUCGCAAUUCGUGAGAACAAACGGGAGAACCGCUCGUGCGAACGAGAGUUUCGACCCCAGGAACGCGACAGGAAGCCUUCCGUCUUCUCAACGGCUUUGAAGAGAUACCGCGUACCCUUGUCUCGCCUGCAGAGCCUACCUGCAGGAAAUCGCGCCGAUAGUUUCACAGCAACAGGUGAGCAGUUUAUCUCAAGAUAGAUCCGAGGCAGCAUCAUGAAAACUUCGAGUCUAAUCGCUAUGAGACUCAUUAUCUUCUACCUGUUGAGCGUCGUUGGACGAUCAACAGCGGCGGUAGAGGAGGCACCGGCCUCGUCCUUGCAUAUUCCACGAUUGAAUCCGUUAUCGAGCAACUUGGAGUACGAUGAGCCCUCUGAAAAAAGGGCGUACGCUUACAUUUCCGAAUACAAGAGGCUACCUCUUUACAACUUCGGCAUCGGAAAGCGAUGGAUCGACAAUAGCGAGGAUAAACGAACGCGGCCGUUCUCGUUCGGUAUCGGAAAACGUCUUAGGGACUACAGGUUCGGCAUAGGAAAGCGUAAUAGCGGAUACCGUCCCUUGGGUAUGGAUUUCUCGGUCGACAACAUGGACUUUCAUUCUCGCGAGGAUAACCUGGACGACUUUAUAGACGACAAGCGCGGCGGUCAGCCUUUCAGUUUCGGCAUCGGAAAACGAGGCUGGAAGCUGCCAAUGGGCGAAAUGGCCGUAUCCGGAAGGAGACUAAACGACGUUGUCGGCCCGAAAUAUCUGCUCGGUUUGGGCAAAGGACUAAGCGAGAACGAAAAUCUGAUUCAAUAAGGCGUUCUCGUCGAGAAGCACGGAUUGUUCUCUUUCGCGUUCAUUUUAAUCCCUGGACGAUUGUAGAACAAGACAUACGCGAUUCGUUUCUUUCCAAAAAUAUUGGCGAAACGCGAAUAUUGGUGGAAGGCAGUUAAAAAAGUUACAUGAUUCAUUGAUUUCGUUGCACGUUGCCGUUGGAUCCUAAUAAUAAUACAAGUUUGUUAUAAGCGUAUCAAUAUUUUGUACAAAUUAAUAGUU